UGAUCAACAGUCUUCCCCCACACCGCCCCACGCGCUCGUUGCCGGACAAAAAAGGAGGGCCCUCUCAUCUCCUUCCUCCCUUCUUCCUCCUGGGUCUUCCUCGCCUUCCAUGGCGCUUUGCUAAAGUUGUCUCCUUUUUGGGUCCCUCCUCUCUCUCUCUCUCCACCCACCAAACCUAAUUCUUCGUUGAAUCUUCCUGACUCGUCGGAAAAUCCGUCUGCUUUUUCUCGGGCUGAAUCGCGGAAAGUUCGCCUCGCCGUCUUGUUUGCGUUUCGCUCUGGACUUCUGGACCCUGUGCGGAGCUCGAUCAAGCGUGUAAGUCAAGUGGGUGCCGUACACGAGGCCUUGGUCUCUGCUUCUGGGUCGGUAACUGGUGUGAUCCGCGUGUCUUUUUACCUCAUACGGUCUGUCUCUUCGCCCUGAGUUGGGAACAAUACGUGGGUGUAGUGCAGGGCGCUUCUGGGUCUUGCUCUGUUGUAGAUGGGAGUAUACUUGAGCACUCCCAAAACUGAGAAAUUCUCAGAAGAUGGCGAGGGUGACCGGCUCAGAUAUGGUUUGUCGUCAAUGCAAGGGUGGCGUGCCACUAUGGAAGACGCCCAUGCUGCCUAUCCCAAUCUGGACUCGUCCACCUCGUUCUUUGGUGUUUAUGAUGGUCACGGAGGUAAGGUGGUUGCCAAGUUUUGUGCCAAAUAUCUUCACCAGCAGGUUUUGAAGGACGAGGCUUGUUCAGCUGGAGACAUUAAAACUUCUGUUCAGAAGGCAUUUUUCAGAAUGGAUGAGAUGAUGCGUGGCCAAAGAGGGUGGAGGGAGCUAGCUGUUCUUGGGGACAAAAUAAACAAGUUCUCCGGUAUUAUAGAAGGGCUUAUAUGGUCUCCAAGGGGCAGUGACGCUAACGGCCGGAUUGAUGAUUGGGCUUUUGAGGAUGGGCCUCAUUCUGAUUUCUCUGGACCAACUUCUGGGAGUACAGCCUGUGUUGCAAUUGUUAGAAACAACCAGCUUGUUGUUGCGAAUGCUGGUGAUUCUCGGUGUGUCAUAUCUAGGAAGGGUCAGGCAUACAAUCUUUCUCGAGACCAUAAACCUGAAUUGGAGGCUGAAAAGGAGAGGAUUAUAAAAGCUGGGGGUUUCAUCCAUGCCGGACGAGUUAAUGGAAGUUUGAAUCUUGCCAGGGCUAUAGGUGACAUGGAAUUCAAGCAGAACAAAUUUUUGCCUGUCGAGAAGCAAAUUGUAACUGCCAACCCAGAUAUAAAUACUGUGGAGCUUUGUGACAACGACGAUUUCAUUGUGCUGGCAUGUGAUGGAAUCUGGGAUUGCAUGUCGAGCCAGCAGCUAGUGGAUUUCAUACACGAUCAGCUGAAGUCGGAAACCAAGCUGUCUGCGGUGUGCGAGAGAGUUCUGGAUAGAUGUUUGGCACCAUCCACCGUGACUGGCGAGGGAUGUGACAACAUGACCAUGAUCUUGGUCCAGUUCAAGAAACCCAUCCAGUCUUCCACACCUGCCGGGGAGCAAUCUCCGUCUCCUCAGCCCUACUGAUGCAGAGACGAAACCGGAGAAUAAUGGGUCCAGACCCGAGUAAAUUCGAAACGGACCGAGGUCGAUGCACGGGGUUUUUAGUUGCGGGAUCUCUUCUUAAAGGAUUCCGAUUUCUUGAAAAUACGUUGUUUAUGUUUUUUUGCUUUCUCUCUCAUGUAAAGUUUAUUGUAGCAUUGCAAAGGAUUUCUACUUGGUGGAAAAGCAUGUGACAUAGUGUAAUCGAGUUGUCUUGACUGAAUUUUCAACGCGUAAAGAAUAAUUGGUAGGCCUUAGACACGGUUUUGCUGCUUGUUAGUUU